AUGGCUGCAGCUCAUGAGAAGUGUAUUACAUUCCUCUUCUUUCCCCCCCGCCAGCAGACAGCGUCGCCAGAGUCCCUGGGUCUUCUCUCCUCACCAACAGCGCCUAGAGCUGCUUAUGAGGCUUCUGACCAUAAGCCUCACCUCACCACUCUGACCUCGUCAGACAUCAUCACCAGAACAUCAUCACCAGAGUCUCUGGGUGUUCUCUCCUCACCAGCGGCUAGAGCUGCCCUCAUCGCGUCUCUCACAUCCGCCUCCUCCGCUUCUUCCUCCACCUCCUCCUCCUCAUCGCCCUCAUCCUUCUCCUCUCUCUUCUCCACUUCACUCCAGUCUCACCCCUCCGCUUCCGCCUCCAAGUCUCCCCAAUUCCUCUCGUGGUCCUCGCUUCGCAAGCAUGCGAGUCAGUUGCUGUCUCUGGAUGCUUCCACGCAACAAGCUCAGCAGCAGCAGCAGCAAACCACAGAGCCCUCCGGGACUCCGCCAUCAAAGCGCCCACCCCCACCACCAGCACUGCAGUCUGCCUCACAUGGUGCUGCUCUCUUUGCUCCCUCCCUCCCUCCUCCCUCCCUCAGCAGCAACAAGCCUCCGAGCCAUCUACAACCCAAGCACCCAACCCCACCACCCGCACUGCAGCCUGUCUCACUCACAUUGUGUUGCUCCCCUUUCUCCAUCCCCCCCUCCCUCCCCCACUCAGCAGCAACAAGCCUCAGAGCCUUCCCCCACCACCUGCAAAGCAGUCUGUCUCACAUUGUGUUGCUCUCCUUGCUCCCUCCCUCCUGCCCUCCCUCCUCCCUCACUCAGCAGCAACAAGCCUCCGAGCCAUCUACAAUCCAAGCGGCCAACCCCACCACCCGCACUGCCGUUUGCCUCACUGGUUCGGCGCGUGACUUCGAGCUCACCGGGCCUAGCAUCGUCGCUCGGCUGCUGCCGAGCCUGCAUCCGUACCACCCGGUCCUGUUCCUCGUAGCUCCUCUGGACGAGCAUAGCCACAAGCUAUGGGCGCUGCAAUGGGGGCUGGGAAAGGGGAGAGAUGGGGGAUCUGGGGAAUUUGGGGGACAGGGCGGAUCGGGAGAACAGGGAGAGGGACUAGCGGGAGGGUUAGGGCGGAACCUAAAAGAGGGGGUCGAUGCGGAGAGUGCGUGGGAAGGGGAGGUGGAGUUGGGUGCGGUGGAGAUGGGUGGGAGUGUGUGGGUGGACGGUGAGGAGGUGGUGGGAGACAGCAAGCUCUACAACAACACAACAGCUCGAAGCAUGCAGCCUCAACUGCAGUACUUACAACUUCUCUCCUCCUGCCUCUCCCUGAUCGACAACUACCAGCACCACCACCCCUCCUCGCCUCCUUUCCACCGUCUCAUACACUCGCGCCUCGACUCCUACUGGUCCGCCCCUCCUUCCCUCUCCUCCGCCUUCCCCCCUUCGCUUCCUAACACCACCGCAAACUCUCUACCUGCUGGUGCUGCUGGUGCUGCUGGUGCUGGCGCUGGUGAUGCCACUGCUGCAAGCGAGGGGGCAGCGGAGCGAGGGGAGUCUGCAGUGGUAGCAAAGGGAGCGAAAGAGGAAACAAACUCGACAAAAAAUACAAGUGUAGAUGCAGAGAGUCAGCAGCAGGAGCAGGAGGAGGAGGAGUGGGUAGUGCCGUUUGGUUCGGACUACAGUGGAAUCAACGACGCCUUUGGAAUGGGUUCUCUGGAAGCUGCCCGGAAGGUUCUCUCGCGGCUUUCCUCCAUUCAAGAACUCGUGAAAGCAGGCCUCAGCAACCUCUCCCCAGAGGCAACCCUCAAGGCCCAUACAGAAUCCACAGGCGUCCACGUGGCGCGAGCUGAUUGGCCGCUGUGCAUCGUGAGCCACCAGACGUACAAGCACGGGCGGCAGGGGGAGGUGCUGGUGGCCUCGUUACAGUCACGCGCCAAUCUGAAUGGAGCGAAGGGCUGGCCUUGCACGCCCAAAUACACGGGCCUGGAGGCCCUUUCACACAUCGCUUGGGCGCCUGCUUCAAACCGGAUCCUCUCCCCCUCAGCCCAUCCUCUCAACAUGGGCACUGAAAGCAUACAGCUAUGCGACACCUCCCACCCCUGGGAGCUCGCCUGGACCGACAACUAUGACGCCGCUGCUGGCUCGCGAUUGGCCGGGAUGCGACGGGCUAUUUCGUCCACCAAUCUGAAGCAAUGCGUGCAGCUGAUGGGACAGCUCCAGCGCCAAGCAGCCAACUGGAGCGCCCCUCCCGCUGCUGCCAUCUGUGUGCGAUCACUACUCGGCAAGGUAUCCCUAGUGGGCUGCUACGGAAUGUCCUUUCCCACGGCCCUCGCUGUUAUCACUCCUAACAGCGUGGUGUAUUCCACCUCCCCCAGGACACCCCUCCCUUGGACUGCAGGGUGGUGGGAGUCACACCUCCCCUCGCUCCUUCCGGGCCUCUCAGUGCAUGCGCUGCCCUCCUCUCCCACUGCUGCUCCUGCUCACGUCAUUAAGGUGUGUGCUGCUGCUGACGAGUGUUUCAAAACCCCCCGCCCCCUCCUCCCCUCACUCCGCUCUUUCUUGCCUCCUCUUUCAACCAUUUUCUUUCUCUGA